CUGGCUUUGGGAAGCCAGAGAAGAGCUGGGCCAGCUGGAAGGAAGGAAAGGAUGGCAGAGUCCAGGACCCUGCCCACAGGGUUUGGGGAACUGGAGGUGCUGGCUGUGGGGAUGGUGCUGCUGGUGGAAGCUCUCACUGGUCUCAGCCUCAAUAGCCUGACCAUCCUCUCUUUCUGCAAGAACCCGGAGCUUCGGACCCCUAGCCACCUACUGGUGCUGAGCUUGGCUUUUGCAGACAGUGGGAUCAGCCUGAAUGCCCUCAUUGCAGCCACAUCCAGCCUCCUUCGGCGCUGGCCCUAUGGCUCAGAUGGCUGCCAGGCUCACGGCUUCCAGGGGUUUGCAGCAGCAUUGGCCAGCAUCAGCAACAGCGCAGCCAUUGCUUGGGGGAGCUAUCAUCAUUACUGCACCCAUAGAAGAUUGGCAUGGGACACGGCCAUAUCCUUGGUGCUCUUUGUGUGGCUAUCUUCUGCCUUUUGGGCAGCACUGCCCCUCCUGGGCUGGGGCCACUAUGACUAUGAGCCUCUGGGGACAUGCUGCACCCUGGACUACUCCAGAAACUUCACCAGCUUCCUGUUCACCAUGGCCUUUUUCAACUUCCUCCUGCCCCUUUUCAUCACACUCAUAUCCUAUCGGCUCAUGGAGCAGAAACUUGGGAAGACAGGACAUCCCCAGGUGAACACCACCCUGCCAGCCAGGACGCUGCUGCUCGGCUGGGGCCCCUAUGCCCUCCUGUAUCUGUAUGCAGCCAUCACAGAUGUGACCCUCAUCUCCCCGAAGCUGCAGAUGGUACCUGCUCUCAUUGCCAAAAUGGUGCCCACAAUCAAUGCUGUGAACUAUGCCUUGGGCAGUGACAUGGUCCACAGAGGAAUCUGGCAGUGCCUCUCAUCAAAGAGAAGUGAGCGGGACUGAGCACACUGAGCCUCUCCAUAGGGCUGUUCAGAUGCAGACCCACCCCUGCUACUCUGGACUGGGCUCCAUGGUUGGAGGCUGCACAAGGAGUCCUACCCAGCAGCCUCAGAAGCCAAGCUCCAGACAUACAUCCUCCAUCCCUAAUGGCCCUGUUGAACCUGGCCCUAGGCUGGUCACAAGAAAGGAGCUGGGCUAAGGGGCCAGAGAGACUUGAAUGUUAGUUAUAGCCCUCCACAAAGAGGCUAGAGACCUUGGGAAAUUCAUUGUUCCUGACCUUAACAUAAAUAUAUUAAUAUGGACUCCCCAGGGCUAUUGCAAGACUUGAAUAAGAGAAUGUAUAUGCACCAUGCACACAGAAGCUGCUCAUUGGAACAGAAUUGUUAGGACUCGGGGUUUUACAUCAAAAGGGGUAAAAGCCCUAGGUUACUUGUGGGUGCUCAACCCAGGCUGCCAGCAUUCGUAUGCUGCUUAUUAAACUGUCAUCUGGUGUAAGUGACUUACUCUGCCUGUACGUCUUUCCCAGCCUGUGAGAUGUGAUGACAGUAAUGGCAACUUGAGCAUGCAGAAAGGACCAGCAUGUCACCUGGCAUGUUAAGUGCUCACUGAGUAUUGUCCACCAGUACCCACCAGUCAAAAACAGCUAAGCUGCAUGUUGCUUAGUUGCCAACAUUAAAAAGCAAUUUAUUUAAAACUCCA